ACAUGCUGUAUAAAUACGGCGAUAGUUUUAUAUUCAAUCUAUAGACUAUCGUUUGGUGCACUUUUAAAGAAAUAUUCAACAUACGUUGUGUCAAGUCAUGAAAUAAUGUAUCCUCUUUACGAUAGUCUGUGCCUCAGUUUAAGGAUCUGCUUUGCACUUUUGCUCAUCAAAAGCUGUUUUGCUGACCUUCGACAUGGCUACUCAAUGCUACAGUAUGGACACAAACUUGAGAGAAGGAUGAUAACUUCGUAUGAUAAGUUCAGUAUUUUGGAUUGUGUGGAGGAUUGUCUAAGAACAACACGAUGUCGGUCCGUCAAUUACCACCAGGGAGCCCACUUUUGUCAGACAAACUUUGAAAACAGGACAACUGUACCUGAUCUGUAUAUAGAAAAGCCUGGCUGGAUUUACAGCGAUGUAGAAGAUUGGGACAAGGCCAUUGCAGGAUCAUGUUCGAUGUCAAACUGUUCCAUAAAUGAAAAGUGCAUUCCAAAAGCUUUUGGACAGUUCAGCUGUGUCCUUUCAGAUUGUGGUAAACCUUCGAAUGAAACUUUCUCAAUGGAAAAGGUAAAGGAAUGGGACGGCAUCGGUAUAACAAGAGGAAUGCAUAUCACAUGUUCCUCAAGAUAUGCCCAGCAAGGUUCUGAAUUAUUCAUCUGUCGAUCUGAUGGAUAUUGGAAGACAAAUUUGAGCUGCACUUUAAAAAGAAACAUGGGAUGUUUUGAAAAUAGCAGAACCGCCCUCGUUCUUGAAGUAAGCAAAUUCCUUGACAUUAAUGGGGAACAGGAAUGCGAAAGUUAUUGCUUAGAACAGAACAUUCGGAAGUAUUUCGGCUUGCAGUAUGGUAAAUUUUGUUACUGUGGCACGGACAUUAAAAACUCACCUAAGCGCAUGCCUGAUGAAGAAUGCAGCACUCCUUGUCGUGGAAAUGAACAGGAAUUUUGUGGGGGAGACUGGAGGAUAUCCAUCUUUUUAUCUGCGUAGACAAUACACUCAUAAAAAUGAAUUGCAUACGUGUUUUAUUGUUUUCGUUACUUUAAUUUGUAUUCUAAUUGGCAUAUUUUAUUACAGAACAAUGUUCGUAUCUUAACAAAACUUUUUUUGCGUUAAACAGCAAUUAACGUUUGAAACAUUUGAAUUUUUAUUUUCAAACUUCACUAAUUGUACACCUUUUGUGCUUUAUAUAUCGUUGUAAAUUUACCUGUACCAUUGUCGUAAAAUUCAUGAAAAAGGUUUGAUUUUGUUUAAGACUUUAAUAUAUAUUUGUUUAGAUAGAUUGUUAGGCGCAAGUGAGGAUUUAAAAAAAAAAUGAAGAAUAUUUAAAUGAGAUUGAAAAGAGCAUUGUUACUAGACCAGAGACCACGUUCUUCUUGCAAUAUUCCCUCAGCGACUAAAAAAAAUAUAAUGUUCAGACUGCAAGAUUAACAUUAAUCAAGUUCACCAAGUUUAAGAAAGAUGGACAUUGCUUGUUUUUCCCCCUUCAUUUAAAUUGGUCAUGCAUAUAAACCCUUCUUAAAAUUCAUUUUUAUGAUUGAUUUUAUGUUAAUAUUUUU